AUGGUUUUGGUUAAGCAUUUGACGGCUUUGUUCUUCUUUGUGGGUGUUAUUGGGGUGAGUUCUGGUAGUGUUUAUGAGGUGGGUGAUUCUCAUGGGUGGAACAACGACAGCAGUGUUGAUUACACGAGUUGGGCUUCGACCAAGAACUUCCAUGUUGGAGACAUUAUUCGUUUCGUGUACAACCCCUUGGAGAACAACGUGAUGCAAGUGAGCCGCAAGAGUUUCCACGCAUGCAACUCAACUGAUUUUGUCUCCGUCAUUAUCUCCGGCAAUGACUCCAUCCCCAUCACAAGACCCGGUCACUACUACUACAUCUGCGGGGUCCCCGGCCAUUGCCAGGCCGGCCAGAAGGUUGACAUCCGGGUUCCUAAGCCUUCUUCUUCUCCGGCUCCUAGCGCCAGCCCAAGUUCUUGGAGCCCCAUUCCACCUCCUACCGAACACCCAUCGGAUCCAAGCCCACCCGCGGGAAACGCGCCUAGCCCGUCUAAGAACACCGCAUCACCAUCAUCUAUCGAAUAUUAUUCCAAGUGGCUGCUUGCUUUUCACCUCUUCAUUGCUGUUGGGUUCUUGCAUUAA